UGUCACGAAAUGCGCAAACGUCAGUUCUUGAAUACGGGAUGUGGGACCAGGUCAGGGUGGACCAUGGCCGUGAAUUUUACUUGUCCCUCUACAUGCAGGAGAUGCUGUCUAACCACAGACACAACUUGCAAAGGCAACCAUAUCACCAAACUCAGUCAAGAAAGAAUCAUACGGUGGAGCGAUUGUGGGUCGAGAUAAAUAACAGGGUAAAUUACCCAGUGAAGGAGGCCCUCAUACAGCUGCAGGAUCAGGAAGUCCUCAACAUGGAUGACAACGUGACAAGAUACUGUACAUCUAACCUUACUGCUGAGCUGUGCAAGAUUGGCAUAACAAGAGCUGUACAUGCAUGGAAUGCACACAGAAUUCCAGGCAAAGGAACACCCAAUCGCCUGGCAGCAGGAGGAUGUCCAAAGAAACUGGGAGAGGAGUUGUUGCCACAUGCCUCCCAAGCAGCAGACAUGUAUGAGCAGGAUGUUGGCUCUUCACUAACUAGAGUCUCCUGCUUUGGAACGGACCCCUUCUCAACUGAGGAGGACAAAUGGGAGCAAUGGCCUGAGCAGGUGAUCCCAGAGCAGCAGUGGGCUGUGCUGGACGGUGGAACUGGAAAUGGUUCUGGCCUGACAAUGGAGGAGUCUGCUCCGCGACUGGUAGAGCAAUAUCAUCCCCAUGAACCUCAUAGUGGCCUCGAGGUCUAA